AUGCUCCUUAAUCGCACACUCAUUCUCCCGCCUCUCGACGUUUGUUCGGAAUCCGCGGCCCGGCACAGGACCUAUGACCUAGCUCUAACUAUAGAUCUCGAACACUUAGCCCAGUGCUUCAAUGGGGUAGGAGGCCCGAACGGAGGACUGGCAGCAGCAGCAGCAGCAGCAGCAGCAGCAGCAGCAGCAGCAGCAGCAGCAGCAGCAGCAGCAGCAGCAGCAGCAGCAGCAGCAGCAGCAGCAGCAGCAGCAGCAGCAGGAGCAGCAGCAGGAGCAGAAGGAGCAGAGUCAACUGCUGCGGAACUUCCAGCAGGAGGGAAAGUCGACAGGAACCUCCCCCUUAUACCUCCUGGUGUGGUAUCCCUGGAAACUUAUCUGAAGACAUACAACAGCAAUCGCAGCACUCUGGUGGUGGAUGAGUUAGCGUGCGGCCUCGUCCCCGACCGUACCGCCUGUGCCGAUCUGCUCAUGUGCAGCAACAGCACCGAAUCCAACCACACAACCAUCACCUUCCCGUCCACGCUCUCCCGAAUGCGUCUCCCACCGGGCCGCCUUGCAGAUCUGGCCUCCAGACUCGCGGAUCACGCCCCUGCCACGGUCUCUGCGCGGGUUCUUAGCCUCGGCGACCUCUUUCAGCUCAAAACACUGGAAUUUUCCCAGAAUACGGCGUUCCUCCCGCCGCCGUUUCUUCCCACGGACUGCGGCUUGCCGAUUCGCCCGCCUGCCCCUGUUGUGAAGGCUGCUGCUUGGUACAUGCAGGAGUAUAUUGGGAGGGACUUUGUGGCGCUGCAUCUUAGGAGAAAGGAUUUCUUGUCCCGUGCCGCAGCAGCCGAUCUGGGCAUUGCAUAUGGUGAUGGUGGUGGUGGUGGUGGUGGUGGUGGUGGUGGUGGUGGUGCUGCUGCUGCUGCUGCUGCUGCUGCUGGUGAUGCCGGCAGCGGGCUUGCUUCCUUUGCCAGACCCACGCACGAAGGACGUCGGAUUCACAUUGUCUUUCUAUGCACGGAUGCAGGCUCAGGGCAAGUGAAAACUCUUUCAAAGCUGUUGGCGCUCCACGGGGUUACUUUGCUGUGCAUGAACAUGCGCACAGACAUGGCUUUCCAGUCUUCUGGGGUCGACCGAAGAGUGGCGGAAUCCCCAGAUGCUGCAGCCAUGGUGGAAAAGCAAUACGGAGCUGAGGUGGCGGCGGGCCGGCUGACGUGGGACCCACGCCAGGCUGACGUGGCAGCCGCCAUGGAUGACCUGGUAACCCAGCUGGCAGCGUACGACCGAGCAAUGCGGGAGUACCAGGUGGCACUCGCUGAUUGGCUGGCGCAGCGGAGGGUUCUGAGAAGAGAACUGGUGGAGAAGGAGAGGAGAGAGGCGAGGGAGAGGGAGGGGAGGAGGAAGGGGAGGGAGCAGCGGUGGGGGUGGCUGGCGGCGUGGUGGCAUGGCAUGGCUGAUACUGCUGCUCGCCUUGCUUCUUCCAGGUUUCACAUGCUACUCUCCCUCCUCUUCCUCGUCUCCCUCCUUUGCCUCCUCUUUCCUCCUCUCCCUCCUCCCCCUCCUCUCCCUCCUCUGUCCCCCCUCCCUCCCCUCCCUCCUCCCUACUCCCUCUCACGGAAGACCAUGCUCAUGGAUAUGCUGUUUGGAGCGGUGCAGAGGGGUGGAGUGGUUGGCGUGGCGAAGCGGGUGCAUUUUAAUAAGGCUAUGCUGGAGGUGCAUCAGCGGAUGCAUAGGUAUUGGCGGGAGAGAGAGGAGGUGAAGGAGAGGAAGCGGGAACGGGAGAGGGCGAGGCGGGAGGGGCGUGUAGGAGUGGUGGGGAGUGGUGGGGUGGGGUUGGAGAGAGGGGAGAUGAGGUGGGACGAGGAGGAAGAGGAGGAGGAGGGAGAGGAUGCAAUUCUAGACGCUGUUGCUGAUGAGUUCCUGGGAAAAUGGGGAGGCGAGGGGACAGUGGAGCAUCAGCAAGUCGAGGAGGAGGAGGAGGGAGCAGUGAUGCAGGGAGCAGCAGCGGUGCAGGGAGCAACAGCCGCACAAGGAUCAGCAGCAGCAGCAGCGGCGGCGGUGCAAGGAGCAGCAGUGCUGUGUUUCGACGAGGUGCAGGUGCUGGACGUGUUCACAGCUGUGGCUCUAGGCCGCCUGCUGCAGCGCGUGCUGCUGAGGGGGGUGGUGCUCGUCGCCACCAGCAACAAGGCGCCCUGGGAGCUCAACCAGGACGGGCUGCAGCGAGAGCUGUUCCAGGCGUUUGUGAGCACUGUGGAGGGCUCUUGCCACGUGCUGCCCCUCUCCUCCCCCACGGACUACCGCUGCCUGCACUCCGCCCCCCCUCCCCCCGCCCAUAACCUACCGGGACCACCACCAGCACCCAGCUCGACCCCAACAACUACCACCGUCACUCCUUCACUCUCCUCCCUCUCACCAUCACAACCACAUCUCUCCUCCCCUCCCCCUCCCCACUCCCCUCCUCCCUCACCACCUACUCCUCCUCAUCUUCCCUCCAGCCGCACACCCACUCCUUCCCAUCAGCCUGCUCCUACAACGCCCCUAGUUCCCGCCUUCCCUGGUUACUCCUACUUCUGGCCUCUCGGCCCUCAGUCAGAGAGUCUCUUUGAGGACAGGUGGCACGAUGCCGUUGGUCAAGAGCUGCGGUUGCAUGGAGGAAGGAGAGGGGAAGGAGGCAAGGGAACGGACGGAUACGUGGAAGGCCAGGGGGAGGAUAUUCCUGUCAUGUUUGGACGGUCCCUGCGUGUCCCUGUGUCGGUGCAUGGAAUAGCGCGCUUCUCUUUCUCCGAAUUGUGUGCCAACAUGCUUGGCCCACCAGACUACCUCGCUCUCGCUCUGCGCUACCACACUCUCUUCCUGUCAGAGAUUCCCAUCCUCUCGCGCUCAGUGCACGACCAGGCGCGCCGCUUCCUCACACUCACAGAUGAGCUUUACAACCACCGCUGCCUGCUCGUCUGCUCUGCCGCCGCUGCUCCUAACAAGCUGUUUAAGGGGCUGCCGGGGAGAGUGGGAAGUGGUGGGGUGAGGGGAUCGGGGGGUGGUGGGGAGGGGGGUGGGGGAGGAGGAGAAGGACGGGUUGAUGAGGGGGAGGAGGAGGAGAAGGAGGAGGGAGGAAUUGUGCCGAGGAUUGAUCUUGAGAGCCUUCAGUUUGAAUCGGAGGUGGGGGGCAGUCGCCUAAGAAGGGACGUGCUAGCGGAGGGGGGUCGUUCCGCCCUCACCUCCUCUUUUACACUCCCCGUGCGCCAGCUCUCCGGGCGGGAGGAGGAGUUUGCAUUCCACCGAGCGGUAAGGAGAGGCUUUGAUGUAUCUUGUCUUGAGUCAACUCAAACUCCUUCCCGUGCGCCAGCCAGCUCUCCGGGCGGGAGGAGGAGUUUGCAUUCCACCGAGCGGUAA